AUGGAGGCCACGUUAGGGAUGCUCUGCUUGUCCCUCUUGAUCUCGUCCUGCCUGGCGGUGUCCACAGAAAGCCUCUCCACGGAGCGCCGAGCUGCCGAGAGUCAAAAGGGCGCCUCCAACACCAAACAGAGCUCGCUGCUGUUCCUCCUCUCUGGUCGAAAGCCUCCUAUGCUGCCUCCUCCUGCUGGACCUAAAGUGGCUCUGAAGAAGGCUGAGGUGGAGGACGGAGACGACCUUCCUGCUGUGGCUGAGCUGCCUCCGAAGCCUCUGCCUCAGACCAUGCUCCCGAGAAACAUGACUGCAGCCGAUGCUCUGAAGCCGCCACUAGGGGCAGCGCAGGUGGCUCCUCCCCCUCGCCAGCUGGUGGAUGUGGACGUGUGCAGAGGUUACUACGACGUGAUGGGGCACUUCGACACCACCUUUAACUGCUCGCGGGGCAGUUACAUCUACUGCUGUGGCACCUGUCAUUACCGCUUCUGCUGCGAGCACCAGAGGGACCGGCUGGACCAGGAGGCCUGCAACAACUAUAUCUCUCCCGUGUGGGUGGAACAGCAGGGGGCGGCCACCCAGCCCACAGGGAACAGCCCCGACCCGGACUUCGAGACCCUGCAGCAACAGAGCAGCAGCACGGCGUACGUGAUCGGCGGCGUGAUCUCCUUCACGCUGGUGGUGGCGGUGGGAGUGAGGAUCGCCUUCAGUAAAGUGGCUCGAAGACCAAGGAACAGGGACAACAACGUGCCCAGGUCUCUGGUUGACAUCUUGAGGCACCAGUCCAGUCCUGUUCAGCCCGGAGAGAGGAACAACACACUCCUCAGCAGCGGCACGGCACCAGACGGACGCACAACCAAGAACAUGUACACACCUGUCCUACCGAGCAAAGACAACCGCACUGGGACUUUGCCUCACUCUUUUCCCCAGCAGGGGGCGCCCUCCAGCCCCAAACACACAGCCACCAUCGGUAAGCCUCACGGCGGAGGCACGGUUUGGGGGCUGGACCACUGUCCUCUCACGGACGUCUGA